AUGUGUCGCAAUCACGGUGGCGCAAAUCUGGAGUCAGCAAACGUUUUUGGUAUUCCUACCGCUAGCACCUCAUCGGUAGGUAAUAUUCAAUCGGUCGGUGCUGCCACUCAUAUGAAUACAAUGCUGACCAAUGCUGCUGGUCUAGCGGUCACAGCUGCAGCAUUUGAUUCUACUGCGCUUUAUCAAGCGCAAGCAUCAACUUUAGCACAGGGUAUGACAGCUCAAGAAUAUGCCUCGGUGAUGCCGACUUAUUCAACCGCUCUUUCAGCUUAUAAUCAGUACCCUUAUCCAUCCAGUAAUAACUUGGCUAAUGGAACUUUACCAACCUAUUAUACCUCAAAUUAUAUGAACCCCACAAAUCAAACUUACAGUAACUUUGGAGUAGCUACUGGGAUAUCACCGUUAGCUUCAGCAACAAAUCGGUCAACGUCCACUAUCCCUAGCAAUCCUUUAAUCUCUACCACAAAUGCCGGAAGUUCAAGUUCUACAUCCGCGGCUGUUUCCUCUUCUUUGGCGCAAAUUUCUCCAAAUUGCCGCUCUUCACGAGUCACCUUUAAUGAACAAACUCAGCAAGAAUUGAGUGGUACUACUUCAAAAUCAAGCCAAAUUAAAGAAGAACGGGAUGAAGACAUAGUAGACAGCAAAGGAGCUAACAGGAGGACUGAAAUUAAAAUUGCAAGUGGUUCUCAGAAAAAGCAGCAACCGGACAUGGCAUCUUCUCCACCGAGCGAAGCAGAAACAAAUGCUACAAUUGAUCAUGCCGUUAGUAGUACUACAAGCUUACAGUUAACUAGAAGUCAACCACAACAGCUAAUGCAAUCCAUACAAUCAUCUACUGCUGAUUCGUUGUCAACAUCUACUGUAAGCAGUCAACCUACUAGUGUCAUAUCAGCUGUCGGUACUGUACCGAUGAGCCCGUACGCCAAUCAAUAUCCAUCAUUUGGGUUGUACUCUAAUGGAGCUAUGACUGCGGUACAUCCCGAGUUAUCUCAGACAGCUUUGCCUACUCUUACUCCGAGUGCUUUUCGUAUUGGAAGUCUAAUCGAUAAUUAUAGUAUGUACAAUAAUAUGUACGCUGCGCAACCAUCCAACUCCCUCAGUGAUUAUCCUUAUCAGCAAACACUGUAUAGGUAA